UCCGGCAACACACAAUUUUCCAUCUACCAUGGGCAAAAUUUUUAAGUAAACUAAAUAAAAUAUCAAAAUUUUCCAAGUAAUAGAAACUAUAUUCAAAAUCAUUGCAACAAAUUUAAAAUAAUAAUGGCGCUUGUAUUACGGAAAGCGGUUUUAACGAAGAAUGUAUCCUUAUUGAAAUGUAUCAAGGGGCGUCAGUUGGCUACCACAAAUAACAAGAAGCACGCCGCACCUAUAUUACACAAUGUAAUGAAGAGGAGUUUGACAAAGCGAGUACAGAAAGCUGCCAUUUCAGUGACUAAGCCCAAGGACAUUGAACUGCAAAGAGAAAUAAUCAAAUUUGACAAAAUCACCAAGUGUGCAUCAUGCCCAAGUUUUGUACAGGCAAGAAAGGAACAGUCCAUAGCAUCCAAUUUACGGAAAACUGCCUCAGUACUGUGUCUCAGGAAAUGCCAAUCACUGCAAACAUUUUUACCAAACUUAAUGCGAAUAAAUAACAUUCAAAACAGAGCAGCUUCAACGAAUCCAACAGAAAAGUCUGCCGACGCAGCUAAGGCUUUGAAUAGCGUCUGUGCCUGCCCUGCCGCCUGUUCAUGUCUUCCACCACCAUGUAACACACCUGCCAAGUGUCUACAAUACAUGACAGGUUAUUACUACUAUCCUUACGGCACUUGGUUUUGUGGUCCAUAUCACGUAUCCACAGGUUCAUGUCCUGUUUCGGGUCCAGUUAAACCAGGCGGACCGUGUGGACCGAUAGUACCAUGCCCCGGUGAUCCAUGUGGUCCAAUAUGCUGUACCUGUAAACCACUUAGCUGCUGUGGCGUAUGUGGUGUAGAUGGAUCUCUUCCGACUGACAACAGUAACGCACAUAGUAAUUGGCAGUUUGGAUAUGCCAACAUGUACAGCCCAUACACCCAAACCCCAUUCAAUCCUUAUGCAGAAUAUAAUUCUUACAGUUCCUAUAACUCGUAUAUGCCAUAUGGAUAUUACAAUAGUUUUAAUGGGGCCACUCCCAACUUUGGACCGUGUAUCAACGUCCCAAUCGUGCCUGUUCCGAUUGCAAAUCAAGAGGCAGAAUCGCAUCAGCCAAUCACACAACAGGCCACAACACCAGCUCCGAAAAGUGCAAUCAGUUGGCCUUUAUCUAAAGCUAAUAUUAAUCAAGACACAAAAGUAUCAGCAUAUAAAACCCCUGUAGUCAACCCUCCUGUUAAUCCUUCAACGAAUCAUCCAAUGACCCCUCCAAUGAGCCCUCCAGUAAACCCUUCCGCCAACCCUCCGUAUACAACAAAUCCUACUUCAAAGACAACUUACCCACCAUCGAACUUGAAUUCGAAACCAAAUUUAUCCAAAGGCAAUCCUUACAUGAAACCUAGAAUCAAUGCGCGCACUUUACAGCCAUCUAAUUCAAUUGGUAUUUGUUAUUUUUCUACUAAAUUUAUAAGAAAAUAUCAUAAGAAUGGAAAAGUAUCACUUAAUAUAAUACCAAGUGAUAUUAAAACGAAAAAAUCUUCAAAUCUAAACAGAUCAGUCGGAAAAGAUUCAAGUGUCGUAAGGAAUAAAUCUAUUAACUAUUGGAGUCUUCUUGGCAAUGAAAAGGAUUCGAAAAAAUCUUGAAUUUGGAAAUAUUUUAUAACUCAAACCGCCUCCAACAACUCAUAUUCUUUCAAUAUUUAAUUGGUUUUAAAUUUCAUUUCUUACUAAGCAACUGUAAGCAACUAAUGUAUUAAAUAAAUAAAAUAUAUAAGUUAUU